UUCACAAAAAGAAGAAAGACGUUUAUUUUCCCGUCAAUUAAUGACGUAUUUCGAUUAAAAACGUUAAUAUUUCGUUAUAAUAAAGAAAAUUUUAGUAAAAAUGGCGAAUCUGUUGGACGAAAACUUCUUUUACAACAGCAUGUUGGCUAAAGCGAUGGUCACACUAUUACCUCCGAACGAUAGGAAGAUCAUGAGAAUUUGGUUCGAUAAGAUGCUCGAAUUGGACAAAACCGAUAAAGAAAAAUCGAUCAGAAACGAAUACAUGUGGUUCAUGUUACUGAUGUUGCAAGUACGUAAAAUCCGCGAACCGUUCAACAAAUUACCGCCCAACGAAAUAGGAGAUCUCAGAGAUUUGGUACCUACGAAAGUUUACGAAGAAGUGCUUAUCGCGAACGAUGAUAAUAUGGAAUUAGAUGAAAAAUCCGACGAAAAGAAAGUGUCGUUUCAAUUAUCUGCCCCUACGAAUUUCCUAGCGAACCAACCGGUACCUUGCGAAGGGAUAAUUUGUUAUUUUUCAGCUUUCAGCGAUAGAGGAACGUGAGGAAUAUUCAAGGAACGAAUCAGGGAUUUUACUUUUUCUUUUUUUAUUAUAACACACCAAAUUUUUUAUAGAAUUUAUCGAUAUAUAAAGAAAAAAAUAUAA